GUCAAGGCCUGAGAUCCAGAUCAUUUUGGAACGACGGACCUUCAAAAAAAUGAGGCAACUCCUCCAGCAGAAACUCAAUUCGACUCAUUUGCUUCCGUGGUCGUUCUGAGGCAACUCCACAGUCUUCAGGUCCAUAACCUUCCACUCCAGGCUCAUUUUAUUGUCCUCUCGUCUCAUGACGAUGGAAGCCUCUCCUAUUAUCUUCUUCUCUCUGGUUGCUCUUGUAACUCUUCCCGUCUCCUCGGAGGCAGCUCGUGCCUUCUUCGUUUUUGGCGAUUCUCUUGUGGAUAACGGCAACAACAACUACCUAGCAACCACAGCCCGAGCCGAUGCACCCCCUUACGGCAUCGACUCCCCGACUCGCCGACCAACCGGCCGUUUCUCCAAUGGGAUGAACGUCCCUGACAUAAUAAGUGAGAAUCUGGGAGCUGAACCCACACUGCCAUACUUGAGUCCCGAGCUCCGAGGGGAAAAGCUACUUGUGGGUGCCAACUUCGCAUCAGCAGGCGUCGGAAUUCUCAACGAUACUGGAAUCCAGUUUGUGAACAUAAUUAGGAUAUGGACGCAAUUGCACUACUUCGAGCAGUACCAGCAGAGAUUGAGCUCCCUGAUAGGUCCGGAGCAGACGCAGCGUCUCGUGAACCAAGCGCUCGUUCUGAUCACCCUCGGGGGCAACGACUUUGUCAACAACUACUACUUGGUGCCUUUCUCCGUGAGAUCUCGACAGUUCACCUUGCCUAACUAUGUCACCUAUCUGAUGUCCGAGUACAGGAAGAUACUUGCAGGCCUAUAUGAAUUGGGGGCCCGUCGAGUGCUGGUGACCGGGACUGGGCCCCUUGGCUGCGUCCCAGCGGAGCUUGCAUUAAGAAGUAGGACCGGGCACUGCGACCCUGAGCUUAAUGGAGCCUCAAAUCUAUUCAAUCCCCAGCUGAUCCAGGUCGUGAAUGAGCUCAACAGCCAGAUUGGCUCGGAUGUUUUCUUCUCGGUGAAUGUCUACUCGAUGCACAUGGACUUCAUAUCCGACCCGCAAGCAUACGGUUUUGUCACAUCAAAGAUUGCAUGUUGCGGGCAAGGGCCUUACAACGGCAUCGGGCUCUGCACUGUGCUGUCCAACGUAUGCCCGAAUAGAGACAUCUUUGCAUUCUGGGACGCCUUCCAUCCCACGGAGAGAGCCAACCGGAUCCUUGUGCGUCAAUUCAUGGCUGGAACAACCAAGUACAUGAGCCCCUUGAACUUGAGCACCAUCCUGGCCAUGGACGCAAGAACCUAGGCUGCUCAAGAUCUUUUUCGCUGUGCUCAGCUGCCAUGCUUCUAUCUUCUCGUUUUCCAGCAUGUUGCUAUGUUCAGGGUGAUUAGGGUUUCAUCUCGAAGAGUGUCGUGUGUGAGAUGGAGUUUCUCAGUCAUGUUUAGGUUGGUUGGAAUUUCGUAACGUAUGAAUUUGCAUUUAGAAUUGUUCGAACUUUUAUGUAGUUAGCGACGAUCGGUGUAUUGCAAUCCAGGAGGCUAACGAAGGUCUAAUGUCUUUAGUUGUUGCAGUGGAAUUCAUUCCAAGUUUAGUUGGUUA